AUGUCCUUCAAUUUUGGAUCUGGAUCUGGAUCAAUCAAUACAGGCAAUGCCAAUGGAAAUAGUUGGGGUUCAUCUUCAGGUUUUGGAAGACGAGCUUCAAUUGGUGGUCCAACAACAACAGCAAAUACUUUUGGAAAUACAUCCAAUACAAGUGGUGGUGGAUUAUUUGGUAAUCUGAAUACUAAUACUACAUCAGGUUCAGGUUUGUUUGGAAAUUCAUCAAAUAAUGCAACAAAUUCUACAGGCGGUCUUUUUGGAAAUUCUGCAAAUAAUACCACGUCAAAUGCAACUGGGUCUAAUUUAUUUGGCAAUUCUAAUAACCAAGCAAAUACAGGAACCACUAAUCUAUUUGGAUCAACAGCAAAACCAUCUGGAACCACCAAUUUAUUUGGAAAUAAUAAUGCCACAUCAACAACCUCGAAUCUUUUCGGCACAUCUACUUCAAACACCAAUGCAAAUGGAGCAGCAUUGGGUAAUUCAUCUACUCAAGGCGGGUUGUUUAAUAAUAAUACAUUGGGUUCUUCAUCUGGUGGACUUUUUGGCAACUCUGGAACUUCAAAUGGUAGUUUAUUUGGGAAUAGUCAACAGAAUAAUAAUUUACAAGCCCCAUCAAAUCAACUUACUGUUAAUAAUAACAAUCCUUAUAGUUAUUCUCAAGUUAUUUCGAAUUUACAAGCAAACACUUCAAAUAUGCCAGAAUCCAUCACUACUUCACUUUUUACAGGAAUUGGGAAAGAAUCAUCAGAUAAAAAAAGAAGAUUCUCAUAUUUAGAAAAACUGGAGAGUCAUAAACCAAAAUCAUCCCUAUUAAGUAAAUUAGGUCAAACAUUUAAAUUCAUUCGUAAUGGGAACACAUCAGCAACUUUUGAAUCUUUAAAAGGAUUAUUUACUAGUAAUGAUGUAUUAAAGCCAAAGGAAAAGAGGAUCAUGCUUUCUGCAGCAGCUGCAUCAUCAUCAUCAACACCAUUUGUUACCCCUAAGGCAAUUUCUAGACCUUCAUACAAAGCAAUUGAUGCUAGAAGAGUUGGGAGUAUGAAAAGAUUGAUUAUCAAAAGUAAACCUAUGAAAUAUCAUAUGAUCGAUGUAAAUAAAGUUUUCAAUACAAAGAGAAGAAAAGUGAUUGAUAAUAAGGUUACUGCUGAUAGAUUAUUAACAGCAAGUUAUCCAAGUGAUGAUGACAGUGAUGACGAGAAUGAUGAUAAUGAAGAAAUUGUUAGUGAAAAGACAUUUGCAAGAUACUCAUACAAGACUGGUAACACUUUUGAGGAAUCUGAAACAAAAUCUACCACAAGAAUAGUUGAAAAAGAACCACCAAUCACUAAAAGCGAAGAGAAACCAUCAGUAGAACUUCAUGAUGGUUAUUGGUCUUCACCUACUAUUCAACAAUUGUCAGAAAUGAAUGUUGAACAACUUUCGAAUUUAGACAAUUUUAUUAUUGGCAGAGUUGGAUGUGGUCAGAUUGCAUAUGAUUUCCCGGUUGAUUUGUCCCAGAUAUAUUUCAAUGCUCAAAAACAAGGUAUAUCAUUGGAAAAAGAACUUUUUGGUAAAGUUAUUGAAAUAAAUCCAAAAGUAGUAUUGGCUUAUCAAAAUUAUCCUAGUAAACCUCAAAUAGGGUUUGGAUUAAAUGUUCCAGCAACAAUUACUCUUGAAGGCAUUGAGCCAAGAGCUAAUUUGUCAGUGACUGAACACAUAAAUUUCUUGAGACAACAAAUAGGGAUGGAGUUUGUCACGUAUGACCCAAUAACUUAUGUGUGGGUUUUCAAAGUUAAACAUUUUAGUAUUUGGGGUUUGAUUGAUGAAGAUAAUAAUUCCCAAAAGGAUUGGAUUGUUAUGAAAAGAAAGCAAGAUGCUCAAGAAUUGGAGGCGUUAAGAGAAUAUUCACAAAUCUAUGAAAAUGAAAAAUAUAAACAGGAAUUGAAAAAGCAAAAAUUAAAUGAAAAAACAAAAGUUGUUCCUGGUGGUUGGGAAUAUACUAUUCCACCAUCUGAUGAACCUUUGAAUAUCAAACGUAGAUUGGUUUCAGAUGAAAUUAGUCAGCAAUUGAUCAAGUAUCAACAAGAACACAACACUGAAGAACUCAGUGCCCAAGUAAGUGAUAUAACUAUAGAUUCAGAUCGUGAAUCAGCACCAACACCGAAAUUGGUUACUUAUAUGGAUCAAUUGGCAAAUUUCAUUCCUCCAGGUGUUGAUUUGAAUGAAAUCAUUGAUGAAAAAGUUUAUGAACCAACAGUUUCGAAUGAAGUUGUUUUUGAUUCGAUACAAAUUCGUCCAAACUUGCCAACUUCUGAAGAUUGGUUACUUCAAUUGGAAUUGGCUAAUCAAUUAACAUCUGCUUUAGCUCCAUAUGUUGCCGAACCAAAGAAAAAACUGGAUAAAUUAAAUAUUGAAAGAGUUGAUGAUAUUUUAUUUUCAGAUUUCAAUAAAAAUGUAUUGAAAGUUUCCACACCAACGAAAAAAUUAAGUGUUGUUGAAGAUAUGGAUGAAUCCCAAGAUAUAUAUAUUGAUAAUAUUUCGACAAUUUUCCAUAAACUUUUAUCUAAAACAGUUGUUGGUCAUCGUCAUGGCAAUGUGAAUGAUUUCCCUAUCAUUGAAAAAACUACUGGGUUUGAAUUUAAAGAUGUAAUCACUACUCCUCAAGAAAGGGAAGAAAAAGAUGUUUUCGUCUUAUGUUCUGCUUUAUUUGAUAAACUAACUAUAAACCAAUCCAACCCUGAAAUUAGUGCUGCCUUGAUGGAUAAUACCAGAAAGAAAUUAUUAGGUGAUUGGUUGAAAAAUUAUAAUUUGUCAUCGGUUGAAAAACUUUUGGCUGAAAACAAGAAUGAUCCAUUGGAGAAGACAUUCAUCUAUAUGUGUUCUGGUGAUAUGAUUAAAGCUAUUGAAACUGCAAUACAAACAAAUAAUAGUCAUUUAUCAGUAGUGAUAACUUUAUCUGAUUCUAAUGAUGCGGUAGUGAAAUCAAUUGCUCAAAAUCAAUUGAAAAAUUGGAAACAACUUCAAGUUAUCCUGUCUAUUCCUUCAGCUGUUGUUAAAAUUUAUCAAAUAUUAGCUGGUGAUUUUGAACCAAUUCUUGAAAUAUUACCUUGGAAUCUUGGUUUGGCCUUAAAAUUGUUUUAUGGUGAUUAUAAUGAUAUUAAAAAAUUGAUUAAUAAAUUUAGUUCACUGAUACCCAUUGGGGAUCCAGUUGGUGAUGUUUUACUUGCAUAUGUCAAAGGUGUUGAUUUGGAAUCUAUCACAUCAAGUUCAUUGAAUAUUAAAUUGAAAUGGUUAUUCUGUAAAAUAUUAGCAGAUUUUAAUUAUGAUGCCAUAACUAAAGAAUUUGGUGAUUAUUUGCUGUCAAUUGAUUAUUGGAAAGAAAGUGCCUUAGUGUUUGCCCAUUUAACCAACGAUAAUGAUGCUGCUGAUGCUAUUAGCAAAUUGGUAAAUUCCAAAAUACUGUACAUCAAAAGUUCUACAAUUGAUAAAGAACAAUACGCGAUAGAAGUAUUAAAAAUUCCAAGACCAGUUAUAUACAAGGCAGUUGCUAUUGAAAAGAACAAUAACGAAGAUUUCUGGGGUGAAUGUGAAGCUUUAAUAGAAGUUAGUUUAUGGGAAGAAGCACACGUUACUAUUGUUAAUGAAUUAGGACCAAGAACAGUGAUAUCCAAUUCAAAUCAAGAUAAAUCACAAUUACAAAAUGUACUUUCGAAAUUUCCUGAAAAUGGAUUGAUUAUUUCUGAUUGGAAUAAAGGAGCAGGAAUUUAUGAGAAAUAUUUGGUGGUAUUACAAAAUGACAAUGAUUUAUCGGUUAUUCAAUUCUUACUAGAUAAUUUACCAUUGAGUAAUAUUGAUUCAUUUCAUAAAAGAAUUGCAUUAGAUAUUAUAUCUAAAUUUAUUGGCAAUUUAAUUAUUGAAAAUGACAAAUUUAAUGCUACGGAUAAAUCAAAAAUCUUAAAUUUACCAUUAGAUGAUGUGAAUAAGAAAUACUUUGAAUUAAGAUUGGCGGAUUUAAAAAAAAACAUAGAAUAA